AUGGCCAUCCUGAGCCAGCUGCUCAGGCCGCUCCCUGCAGCGCGCAGAGCAUACUCCGUCUUCUCCAAGCCCGGAGGACGUUACUUCAACUCGGCCAAGCCCCCCAAGGUCUCGCCCAGCACUGGCAAGGGCAAGGUCGACGUAUCAAACCCAUCUAGCGAUGCGGUAUCCGCGAAGGAUCAAUCCACAUCUCAGCAGCAUGGCACACCGCUAGCUACUGAGGGCUUGUCGUCCAUACAUCCUUCUUCGGUGACACCAAUUCACCCCGUAUUCAACCCCCAAGACCUCAAGCUCCAUCAAUUCUUUUCCUUGCAUCGGCCUCUCCUUCUCGCCUCUCAACCGGCGUCCUCUAUCUUUGAAAUAUCGCCAUCAUCAUCACCGCCCGACACGCUUAAGUCAAGCUCGACUUCUGUGGACGGCUUCGCCGAGCCUCCAGAAGUGUCCGCGGAGGACGAUGCGGAGACCGCGCGGCAGCUCGCACGAGCCAUGGUGGUGAACAGGAUUGGGGCAUCGAUGUCUUGGGAGCAGACAUUGCAUCGCCUUGGGUUGGAUGUCACCAAGGGACGAGCGGAGGAGGUCAAGCUGGCCGAGGCCGAGUUUGAGGUGUAUAUGGACAGCACGAAGAGGAAGCGGAAGAAGAAGAUGAGGACGCAUAAGUGA